ACAUGUAAUAACUUUAUAUGACUCUCUAUGCAGUAUAAAUAGUCAAAGAAUAGUAUACUUUGUUACAAAUUGGAACAUUUUUAGUGUGAUUAAAAUAUCUAUUCUCUAAAAUAAUGUAGUCUAUGUAUAAUAAUCAUGGCACAGCAAAAGUUUGUCAAUCUAAGAAAGAGGUUAGAUCAGUUUGGUUAUCGUCAACCGUUAGGAAUUGAAUCCGUUCCUUUGGUUGAAAAAUUGUUUAGUGAUUUGAUACACACUACUGAAAGCUUUAAAAAUUACAAAUUUAAAAAACAUAAGCAAGAAAAAAACAUUGAUUCUAUUGAUCACAGUGAACCUUACAGAGUCGAUAAUGCAAAGUUAAUGCAAGAAAAUAAUGAGCUUCAUUUAAAACUUUUAAAAGCCAACAGUGAAAUUAAUAAUCUAACCUCUGAGAUGAAAGAAACACUUAAGCGACUUGAAAAUCAAAAUGAAGAUUUAAUGUUUUUAAAUUCUCAGUAUAUCCAAACAAUUAAGAAUCUAGAGAAAGAAUCUAAACAUAAAAGUGAUCAUAUUGAAAAGUUGUUACAAAAUAGUAUGAAUGCUGUUGUAGAAACCCCAGGUGGGAAAAAAAAUAUUUCUUUUAGACGUCCAAGAAUGGAUAUUGAUAGUACAUUAUCUAUUUCAAAUGAAAUUAAUUCUAAAAAAAAUAAUGAAAUAUCUAGUGAUCCAUAUGUAGCUGAUCUUUUAACGAUGGCUGAUUCAAGAAAUGAAGAGUUAACACAAGAGAAUGCAAAAAUUCAGAAAAAGAAUGAGGAUUUAGAAAAGAGAUAUUCAAGUCUCAAAAAUGAGGUAGAACUUCGUGAUCAAGAAAUUUCUCGCUUGAUGAAAGUGCUAGAAGGUGGACGCCCUGUUGAAGCUGUUUUAAAAGAUCAUUUUAGAAGUAGCAGUGAUAGAGUUGUGUCUCACCUAAAUAUGCAGGUAGAUUAUUUGCAGCAAGCAAACAGGGAUAUGGAAAAAAAACAACAACAAGCUGAACAAUUGUAUUCUGAUGUUUUAGCAGAGAAUAAAGCAUUGAAAGAACGAAAUGAAGAGCUGUGUUCAGAAUUGGUAGUUUUAAAUAAAGUUUACAAAAACAUUGAAAAAGAAAAAUAUAAAGGUGAUAGAGAGGUUGACGGGCAAAUAAAUACUCUUCAAAAUGAGUCAAACGAGAACUUGUUGAAAAAUGCUGAUUUAAAUAAAAAAGUUUAUAAGCUUAAAAAGGAGCAUGCUAGCUUAAUAGAUGAAAAUGAACAAUUACAUGUAAUUGCUGAACAGUAUAAAAUUGAUAAAGAGUAUAUUGGAAUAAUGCUUGAAAGAUGUGAAAAAGAAAAAAAAAGAUUGAUGGAAAAGAAUGCAAAAUUAACUAUGGCAGAAAGAGAUCUUGUGAUGGAUAUGGAAAGAUUAAAGCUUACCAAAGGAAUUUAUCAGAAGAAGUCUCCUGAUAAAGUGGCAAUUAUGGUUCAUAAUAUUGAAGACGAUAGAGAUUAUUAUAAAAUGGAAUGCCAAACUCUGCAAAAAAUGUUACACCAGUAUCUUAUAAAGAGUCCAAUUCAUAAAGAUGUUGAUAAAGAUGGUUGUUUAAAUGAAUAUGUUAAAGCUGAUAGCAAAAAAAAUAAAAACACACAUUUGAAGAAAUCUUUUUCUCCGCCAACUAAAGAGGUAGACUUUCAAGAGAAUUUAUUCAGGGAACGUGAUGAAUUGCGCAGAGAGCGUGAUGAGUUACACAAAACUCUUGAAAAUUUCAAUAAUAAUCUUGCAAAGAUACAAUCAGAUGUACGUUUAAUUACUACUGAACGUGAUAAUGUGCAAUUUCUGUAUGAGCAGGCUACAAGUGAAAUACAAAGCAUGCGACAAAAAAUUAAUAGACUAAAGACAUCUGCAUUAUCUUCUGAAAAAAUAACUGUUAUACUUAAAAAAGCUGAGCAUGAAAGAGAUGAAGCAUUAUCAGAAUUGCGGAAAGCUCGAAAUGAUAUCCAAUCAUUAAGAAGCACAAUUGAGUCAACACAAGGAAAACAAUCUUUAGAGAGGCAAAUCAAUGAAAAUACACAAACAAAUAUUGAAGAGAUCCUUUCAAAGACUGAUUCUGAAAAUGAAAGAUUAAAGAUCCAAAUAGAAUCUAAAGAAAACUUAAUUGAAAGAUUAGAAGCUGAAUUGAAAUCAACAUCUAAAUCACUGCAGAGAAUCAAAGAAGAAUUAUCUGGCAAAGAAGCUGAGUUAGCUAAAUGUAAACUGCUAUAUGAAAAAUCUGAUCGUUCUUGUAAUGAAUUAGAAAAUAAAUUGAAAGAUAAAAUGAAUGAGCUUCAUAAUUAUACAGAUGAAUCACAAAGGCUUAAAGAGAAAUGUGAUUUAGCUGAAGAUCGGAAUGGUGAAUAUAAAAAAGAAGUAUCCCGAUUAAAAGGUGUUGUGACACGAUUAGAUAAAGAGCGAGAUAUGCUUCAACAACAAGUGGAUGAAAAAGCAGAAAUUCUUGAUAAACUGAAUAUUGAGCUGCAGCAACAACAACAAGCUCACUCACAACUCAAGAUUGCGAUUGAAGGAAUUAAUGAGAAGUUAAAGUCCUCUGACCAGCAGCUGAUGUUAAAAGACCGUGAAAUUAGUAAAUUAUCAAAACAAAUCAGAGAUCUUGAAGAAGAGCUCGCUGGAGUUUCUCAAUCUAGAGCUGCUACCAUAAAAGAGAAUAAAAGAUUACAUGAUGAUCUCAUUACUAUGACUGAGGAAAAUCAGAUAGUUCAUCAAGACCUCAGAUACACUUUAGAAGAAGCAGAACGUUUGAAACAAGAAGUUUCAGAAUAUGUCAUGCAGUUGUCAAGAAUACAAAAUCUUCUGGCUCAAAAAGAACUUGAAAAAGAUGAUCUGCUUCUUCAAUACAAAACGCUUAGCAACAAAGCUGACAUACUAGAAAGUAGUGUUCAACAGAGUGAGGACAGUAAAGUGAAGAUUGCUAGCAGCUUUAACAAUACUCAACAAGAGCUUUUGUAUUUACGAGAUCAAUGCGCAAUUUUAGAGUCCGAUAUUGAACAUCACAUAAGUACACAAAUAUCAUAUGAAAAACAGUUAAAUCAUCUCAAUGAAUCGAUUCUUCACACUGAUGCUCAGCUCGUUGCAUGCAAUGAAGAAAAGCAAAGUAUCUUAGAAGAGUUGUAUGCUGUCCGUGACUUGUGUGUGAAGUUGGAUCAUGCCAAAGAUGAACUUUCUAAGAUACUUACUAAAAAAACAAAAGAGCUCGAAAAGACUGAACUUCUUUUAAAUGAAGCAAGAGCUGAAGUUGAAGUUCUUAAAAGACAGUUUGUGCAGGAGAAAAGAAAAAUUGAACCGCUUGAAAAGAUUAUUUCAACUAAUCGUGAAAAAAUGUUUUAUGAGCAGAAUUCAUUAGAAGUAAAGUCUCAAGAAGUUGAUGCUUUGAACGAUCAACUUAAAAAAUGUGAAUAUGAAAAAUUGCAAAAGAUUAAUGAAAACAAUUUACUCCAUGAACAACUUGCUUUAUCGCAAGAGCAGAUAACUUCGCUGCGAAGAAAACUUGCCACGGAAAAGUUUGAAAGUGUUCAGGUUACAAGUCAAAAUUACGGUUUAGAAAUAUUAGCGUUUCUACCGAUUCGGGUGCCAAAGAUGCACGCUGUCGAUCGACAACAUGACCAGCAGUCGCAUUCUGAUGGUACUGAAUGUAUGUGUAACACUGUGUAUGGAUAUUUACUUGUGCGCAUAAUUGCAUAAUUGUGUCUUCCAUCUUUCAGGUUUUGAAAGAGUUUUGUCCGAAAAAAAUUGGAAGGAGUUCGAAAGAAAACAUUGUACAUAAGAAUAAGUUUAAUGAAAGUUUAAUGAAAAUUAAGAAAAAAGAAUUUUAUCGAGUUCUUAUUCAUAAAUAUCGUGGUAGUGGUCGCCUCAGAUAAAUAUGAAAUUUGUUUAACUUUUUCUUACGGCGGUUUGUCAAAAAUAAUAUGUCCGAGGGUUUUUUUCAGAAAAAAAAAUUCAAGUAAUUUUUAAUUUGAGUGUUAAUUUUGUAAUUAAUAAUGAAAAUUUUUAUAAAUUUAGUAUUUUUCUUUUCAUAGAGAGGUGAUGCAGAAUGAUUUACGGCGGCAAAGCAAAUCUUCAUCUAGUA